CGUAUACGACCCCGUGAACCAACAGUUUCCUACUCAUGAUGCCGUGGGCAGAAAACCUUUUAUGUCACGAUGCCAAGGCAUCGAGUACGUUUCAUCCCACACAGCCCGAAGGCCUUCGAUGGUGAAGCUGUCAUCAUCAAGGGGCAAUGGUCAUGCAGCCCCCAGCAGAUUACCGACAUAGACCAGGGCGUUGUCGAGGCACACGAACUCGCAAAUGCUGCCCUUACUGCCCUUGGAAAGUCCAAUGUUGCGAGGACACCGGCUUACUUCUCUUGGUUCGGACCUGAAAGCGGAGGUCCUUCAGCAUCCAACCUUGUUGAGAAGCACUAUCGUCCUGUGAUCGACUCCCUCAAGGCCCCAAGUGUCGAAACAGCCUUCCGUUUCUCCCCUGAGCCGAUGUUCCCCCCGAAUACUGUCACAGACAAGAGUCUUGUUUUCGGCUGCUCCGGAAACAAUGGCCCCUGCGCGGAUGGCCAGAUGGUUGCGGGUGUACAGAGUGCCACAGCUACCGAGGCCGCAGUCUUUGGUACCACUCUGUUGCUUCUCUGCGAGACCUUCUUUGACAAGACUCGUCCCACCAAUCAGGGAAGGGUGAAGCAAUGGCAGACCGAAAGCGCCAUCGGCGACAUGUCGAAGGGUUUUGUCUUGGUUCACGAAACUCAGCACAUGCUUAUUGCCACGGGAGCGGGAGAACGGGCGGAUGAUCUCAAGAACCCGUUCUUCGGUUUCCUUGAUGACAGGUGUGAGGACUGCUACUCUGCCACAUGCUGCUCCCGCUUGUCAGCAGCAGAGAAGGUGAAGAAUGCGCAGAACUAUGCGAUCUUUGCACUUGUUGGUAUUCUUUUCACAGGGAAUUUGGUUCGAACCGUAGGGCCCUGGGGUGACGAAGUAUCAUGUCAGAGCCCUCCCGGAUAGGGGCUAGUCAGAG